CCAUCAUUAUUUUUUGUACCAUCGGUUAAAACACACGUUCAUGUUCAGCGAUUUUAUGCAGGAGUGUAAAACUAAUCUGGAAGAGCACCAACAACUACAGCGACAACAACAACAGCAGCAUCAUCAGCAAUAAGCAAAGCAGCAGAAAAUUUUAACACGUUGACGAGUUUUUAUUGUUUAUCGCGAGCGGAAAAGCUUAAUUAGCGAGUCUAUUUUUCUUGGUCUUGCGUCUUUAAGUGUGCGUGCCAAAAAUUUAAUACGUCAUCGACGCGCGCAUCGUAAAAACGGCCCAAAAAAAUCAACACAAACACUGAUACAUACAAGCCAAACGAUUGAAUUCAAUUGCAGAAGCAACAAAAACAAAUUGAGGGAAAAUUCCACAACACACAGCCACAGCCACAGCAAGUUGAAUUAAUUAACUUAUUGUUAUUAUAGCAUUCUUCUUGGCUUUGCUUUGCCAUUCGCAGCGAAACGCCGAUAUACACACAAAAGAACGUGGAAAAACAGCUGAGAACGAGAGUAACGGAAUAUCAAGCAAAGCAACAAGUGCAGCGACAGCAACAAUAACAAUAACAAUCAGAAUAACAACACAAAGCCCUUUCCAAUUGAGAGAAAGAGAGUGUACGUGUGUGUGUGUGUGAGCACUUCAACAAGACAAACACUUUGUUGUUGCCACAAUCAAUUUGAGUGAUAGCAGCGACGUCAGCAGAGAGCCAGCAGCGCAGCAGCAGCAUCCGCAUCAAUUUGCCAGCAUCUUCGGCUUAAUUCCGAAAAGUGAUCCCGUUCCCGUGCCGCCCCCGUCGUGAUCGCAACUCGGGCACUCGGCCCGCGAUCUUUUUUUCCGCGCUCGUAUUGGUGACAACCCAGCAGCGACGUCGUCUUGAUUGGAACGGUUUUUAUUCCUUCCAUCGCAUCGCAUCGCACUUUUUUGAUUCCGAAUUCUGGUGUAUCUGUAGUUUCCCGCUAACGGCGAAAAUUCACACAACUCAUUGAUAUUUUAACCUCGUGUCCGCGUUGGCUGCCGCUCGACCAAGGUUCUGCCGCACAAAAUGCUCGUCUCUUUGGGCUUUUCGAAGCCUCGCUUCGUCGGACUAAAAGUGCUCCUUUAGCACGCUCGCCAGAGUCCGGCCAUCAGAAAGUAAAUCCAAAACUAUACAUAUAUUUAACCCAUUGAAUUGGCAGCCAAAGUUAUCACCAACCACCGAAUCGUACCGUAACGUACCGUUAUCGUUAUCGCAAAACAGAAUCCACAGAUAAAAAACGUUCCGUUUUGUCGUAAAUACAGUGCUAAAUCGUGUGAAGCAAAGAAAGAAAAAAAACUCGCAAAAAAAACCCUAAUUCGCCUAAUGAAAGACGAGAGCAUUUUGUGAAUAAUUAGCCCCAACAAAAAACCUGUUCGCCGCCGCAAAAAUUAGGCCCCCAAUAAAAAAAAGUGACGAUCCAAGAAACUGGCAUCUCGCCCAGCUUGAUAUAUAACACCCCAACACAAACGUAAAGCCCGCGAUAACACCCAUACAAAAAAAAAAAAAAAAAAAAAAGAGCGAAAAUCAAGCGAAUCAACUUCACAGUAACGUCGCAAAGUCAGUGCAAGCCAGAGCUAAAUCGUCGAGCAAACCGAGUAGUUGUGUCUAAAACCGUUGGUCUAACCCAUUGUUGAAUCGCAAAAAAAGUUAAAAAAAAAAAAACACCCCCACAAUCGUCAUCAGUGAUAUCAGUAUCAGUAUCCAGCCUUAAUAACAGCGGAAUAAUGUCAGCCUUCUGACAGUGUCUUAAAAACAAGGAAAACCCACAGCUAUAUAGCACCAUUGAUAAUCCUAUUUUUGGAAUCGAACCCCUACAAGUGUCCACAGCUUUAACUGCUAAUUGGAAUGUUGUCGCAUAUCUGACAGUGACUAAAUAAACACCAAAAAGCAACCCCCAAAUAAAUCCAAACGGAAAACUCGAAAGCAGAGAACUUCAAAAGCAUUGUGAGGAAAUCGCCUAGGAAAACAGUCGCGAAGCCUGUGCUAUCAGUAAAACAUAUAUAUAUAUAUACAAUAUUCGAUUCCAGCGUAAACAACUGCUAUAUAAUGUCCGUCGCCAUCUGACAGUGGUCCAAACAACCAGCAAACAGAGCUAGAGACAGCGUCGUAGAAUCGCCGCCGUUACACAAGUCUUACAAGUGCCAGUGAGACCUGUACCAAAUAACCAACAUCAACCAAUUUGAACUUGCAACUCGGGAUCACCGAUUUAGAAAUAAAUGGAGAAAUCUGAAAUACGACUGCAGCACAUGUCUAAUGAAUAUCAGUCGAAAUCGAGCUAUAUGUAUCUCCGGACCAAAAUGCUGUUAAAAAUCGAAAAUACCCUACUUCGAAGCCAUCGUCAGCGUGAGACCACCGGUAUCAAGAAACUAUACAAUUCGUUUUUCGUAUUGUUUUAAUUUG